AGUGGAGUUGUUGAUCUAACACAGCACACACUCAGACUGUUCACAAGGAGCAGCCUGUGUUUUGUUCAGUUGGUGUAUGUGGUUUGAUGUAUUUGCAGUCAGGAUGAUUGUGGAGCUGCUGCUGUUUGGAGCUCUGUUAGUUGGAGUUUAUUUUCUUCUCCAUAUGACUGUUCUCAAGCUGCCCAGAUGCACAGCUGCUACAAAGUUACACGGGAAAACCGUCAUCGUUACUGGAGCAAACACCGGUAUUGGUAAGACCACAGCAAUAGACCUGGCCAGAAGGGGGGCGAGGGUGAUCCUAGCCUGCCGGGAUAAAGGACGGGGUGAAGCAGCCGUCCAAGAAAUCAUUCAGGAGACGGGGAACAAACAGGUGAUCUUCAUGCAGCUCGACCUGGCCAGUCUGAAGUCUGUUCGAUCCUUUGUCGACAACUUCCUGAAGUCUGAGCCCAGGCUGGACAUCCUCAUCAACAACGCAGGUGUGGCAAACGGUGGAAAAACAGAGGAUGGUUUUGGGAUGAUGUUCGGUGUCAACCACCUUGGUCACUUCCUGCUGACGGUUUUGCUCCUGGACCAGCUGAAGGAGAGCGGGCCGAGCCGUGUUGUGACCGUGGCCUCCAAAGCCCACGAGAUGGGAAAAGUGGAUUUCAACUGUCUGAUGACUCACAGAGAUUUGGUUCCGGGAAACAGUGACUACGAGAUCUUCCAGGGCUACUGCCACAGCAAACUGUGCAACGUCCUCUUCACCUACGAGCUCGCCAAGAGACUGGAGGGCACCGAGGUCACCUGCUACAGCCUCCACCCUGGAUUCAUAAAGACAGAGCUCGGUCGUCACGCCACCUCCUGGUGGAAUGUCCUCCUCAACACCGUCAGCCUGUUUUCUGUGGAUGCUGAGUCUGGGGCUCAGACCACACUCCACUGUGCCCUGGAGCAAGGCAUCGAGCACCUCAGCGGUCACUACUUCACCUGCUGCGCCCCAGUGCUCAAAAUCAAUCCGAAGGCGAGAGACGACGCCGUGGCCAAGAAGCUGUGGGAGCUCAGCGAGAGCUUCUGUGGUCUGUCCUGAAAACAAACGUGAAACCUGAUUUAAAUAAAUACGUCUACAAAAUUAAAUUCUUUUAAUCUAUGAAAUGAAAUUCUUUUAUUCUACAAACGCCAUAGAAAUUUGAGACAUUGAAUAAUGAUUAACAAGAAUAAGUCUUUUCUUUUUUCUUUCUGGUGAAUGUAAUGCUCAUUCUUAUACCUGAGUCCCUGGAGUCAUUCAUUAAAGUUUAACAGUCUACCGGAAAAUCAAAA